AUGUCACGCAACAGGUUCGAGGAGAUCAUCCGCUACAUUCACUGUGCCGACAACACGCGCCAGAACAGCAGCGAUCGGAUGACAAAGCUGCGUCCCAUGAUGGACAUCCUCAACGCUCGGUUCGGGGAGGCGUAUCCAAUGGACUGCAAUCUUGAUCUGGACGAGGCAAUGAUUGAAUACUUUGGAAGACAUGGAUGCAAGCAAGCAAUCCGAAACAAGCUGGUGCGGUUCGGCUACAAGGCCUGGUGCCUGAACAGUGGGACCAACGGCUUCCUGCUCCACUUCGACAUCUACCAGGGGGCGAGUGUAGAUGCCUCUGAAGUGGAACGCAAGUUCGGCAAGGGCGGUGGCACGCUCCUUCGACUUCUGGACAACCUCCCCAAUGCUGUGCGUGCACUUCCGCUGCGCAUCUACAUAAAAAACUAUUUCACCGGCCUCCCGCUAGUUGCAGAGCUGCGCAGGCGGAGCUACGCUUGCACGGGGACGAUCCGAGAAAACCGCAUCCCGCGCUCUUGCCCGAUGACAGAUCAGAAGGCUAUGAAGAGGAAGCCGCGUGGUGCCGUGUCUGUCGUGUACGACACGGCAAACAAGAUUGCGCUCACUCGGUGGAAGGAUAACGCCGUGGUCACCAUCGCCUCCACCCUCGCCGCUGAGCAUCCUCUGCAGAAGGUGUCACGCUGGUCAAGGCAGGAGAAGAAGAAGGUGGCAGUGGACCAGCCAUUUGUUGUCCAGCUGUACAACCGCAGCAUGGGCGGCACGGACCGCGCCGACCAGAGCAUCGAGCUCUACCGCAUCAACAUGCGGCGGAAGAAGUGGUGGUGGCCGAUAUUCACCUGGAUGCUGGACGCGGCCGUCUUCAACGCAUGGGUGCUGCACCGGCUGGAUGAGCACGGCGGGAUGUCUCUGCUGGAGUUCCGACGCGAUGUGGCCCGAACUCUGGUUGCAGCACCAGGCGCCACUCGAGCUCGGAGAUCGGGCAGACCGCGCGUGUGUGCAGUUGCGAAUGACUCCCGCUUCGACACCGUGGAGCACUGGCCGGAAGUGGCGGCGCAAGGCCGAAAGUGCGCACUGCCGACUUGCAAGUCGCGUCCGUCCAGUGCGUGCUGCAAGUGCCGCGUGGCACUGUGCACUGUGAAGUGUUUCCGUGCUUACCACCAGCCGGAAUAA